AUGUUGCACUUCCCCGCAACCGCCAACGUCAACGCCUCGAUCCCUUCAAUCAUCUUCCUCGAUACUUGGCUGUGCGACGCCAACAAGAACGGCAUGCCUUACUACUACUUUGAGUUCUUUGAUGCUCCCUGGAAGAUCUGGCCCGGCUCUGCUGUCGAGGGCUUUUGGGGACUGUUGACCAUUGACAAGAAGCUCAAGGUCAAGUUGCCCGACUGUGUCAUCAACUAA